AUGACCCUCGUACUGCUCUCGCUGCUUACAUGCACUGCUUUCAUCCUCAUUAUCAAGCAAAUCUCGAUCCUCGGAGUUCUCAGUGCCUCAGCCAGAUUCAUUGCACCGUUCGUCGGCCAGCUCUUCUAUACCGUCUUUCUGUAUCUUUACCCGCAGUACUUCCUCAUCGUCCGUGCUUUGCAUUUGUUAUUUGUUCCCGUAAAAUUCCUGCUGAAGCCGUUUUUUGCUUUUCUGGAAUUUUUCGGUGCCUCAAAACGACGACGGCUGCGAGGGCGUCGUGCAUCGGGCUGUGACAACAGUGAGGUCAAUCGUAUAAUGUGCUGCGUUUGCUUCAUUCACGAGAAGUCCAUUCUGCUGCAGCCUUGUAAUCACAUUUGUCUCUGUGCAAAUUGCAUUGAGGAGCUGCUCGAUACAUAUGAGGUACCACUGUGUCCACUUUGCCGUGCAACCAUUACCUCAUACGUUGAUGUAUACUUGUAA